CCAAACAAAGCCCAUCAAGGCCAUACCUAACAGAUCACAUAGCGCUUCCUUCAACUUCAUCCAAGCCUAAGUUCAAUCUCAUCCUUCGUUCUCUAAAACCUUUUCUUAUCUUCAAUUUACAUUCAUUCUUAUUCUUUUCCACCAAGCCUUACAUAGUUUUCUAAACUUACAAAGAUUAUAUACCAUUUCCAUGGCUGAUGUUCGUGUAAGUCCUAGGCCUGAAGGGUAUCCACCAAAUGAGGGUAUGAAGAGGAGUAUCAUGUCCUUGGCUAAUGAGGUUCAUCAAUUUUUGGAGAGGCCAGAAGGGUAUCCAUCGCCAUCAGGUGAAGCAAUGGAAGUCUCUACAAGCACAGAAAACCAUGCAUUUUUGGGCAAGUACAAUGAUAUGUCCCUAUUAGAAAGUGGUCUCCUUCAAACAAAUAUUGGGGACAUGGGUGAAAAUUGCUUUACUUUUCAAGACAAGCUUGGAAAACCAAUUGAUCCCAAGUUGCUAUCUGUAUUGGAAUAUUUCAGAGAACUCUUCGUUCGAAGAGAGGAAGUUUUCAAGAAAAUAUUUCCCGCAGGACUUCAAGAGGAAAUUGUGGAGUUGCUUAAGAAAUUUGGUACAAUUGUAUCCCAAGUAAAAUCAGAAAAAAUGAAAGUCCGGACCUUGCAAAGGAGUUUGAGCAUUGACUCGCCAAGAACACCCUUUAUAAAAGGAGGGGAAGUACCAUUGAAGCUCGAGUAUUUCAAGGUCAAGACUGUGGUUUUAGAUGGCUGUGGACAAGGUCAACAAGGUAGCCAAUGCAGCCAGAGCAAGUAGUUGUUGUGACGAUAAUUUUGGUGGUUGAAAAGAAGGCCACUCUACUUAGCAAAUUAUUGAUUAUUGAAGAUUUGUUUAUUUGUUUAUUUAUUUAUUUAUUUACAAAUUGUAAGUAAAUAAUGGAGUUCAUAAUUUUAAUUUAUUCAGUAAAAGAAAUUUUAAUUCUAAUUCAGGUGAA